GUAUUUAGCUUUGCCGCUCUUCCGAAGCACUAGAUGGCGCUAUGAUGUGCAAGAGCGUAUGUAGUAUACCAAAAGCAGCACCAGAACGAGGAUAUAAACAGCGAAAAGCUGCCUCGUGUUGAUCCAGCACUCCAGGCCAAAUGGCAGCAGCUUCUUCAUCAUCCUCUUCUGCUGGAGGGGUUAGCGGAAGCUCCGUUACUGGAUCUGGCUUCAGUGCAUCAGAGCUCAUUCCCCCUAGAAAAGUCCUCUACACAUACCCUAAAGGAGCUGGGGAGAUGAUGGAAGAUGGCUCAGACAGAUUUCUGUGUGAAUCAGUCUUCAGUUAUCAAGUGGCAUCGACUCUAAAGCAGGUGAAGCAUGAUCAGCAGGUAUCACGUAUGGAAAAGUUGGCCAGCCUGGUAGAGGAGCUGGAGGCAGAUGAGUGGAAAUAUAAGCCGAUUGAACAGCUAUUGGGUUUCACAACUUCAUAGCUAACCACUUGCUGCUCAUAUUAAUUCAUGAAUUGCAAUAAAGUUUUGUUUCUUAUUUUUUUAAUGUUUGAACCAGAACGGAAACAUAUUUUCAUGUAAUUUAUUUAUGCACAUUUCCCUGCAGACUUGGGUAAAUGUCCAAAAUGGUUUCAUUGAUGUUACAAAUUAUGUCAUAGCAGACUAAUCACGUGUACCCAAAAUUUCAGACUUUUUAUAUGUUUUGUUUUUAAAGUUUGUUUUUUUUGUGGAAUAAAAGUGCCAUAAUCUGUGAGAUUAAAACGUUUGAAGAAUAUCAGUUCAAAAA